AUUUCUAUAGUUUAUUACUAGAGAAGUUUCUCUGAAUGUGUAGAGCACCGGAAACUACGAGGAGGAAGCGCAGUGUUCUCUCCUGAGCGUGAAGUUGGCGUUUGGUGUCGCUUUAUUUGUGACUGCCUUUUGUCAUUGAUGAUCGUUCUUUUUCUCCCUUUGGGAGAAUAGGAGGGAGAGAAUGCAGUCUGAGUGGUUCCGGCGUAAUUAUUCAUGUACUAAAAGUAGUUUGUUCGUUCAUUAGCCAGCGUUUUUUUUUUAUUAAUUGUAGCUUAAGGCAAUGCUCGUUAUUUUUUUUUUUUUUUUUGGAGACUCUUGGAGUGUGUAUGUGUGUUGUGUUGUUGUCUUUUUUGAAGUCGGGGCAUUGUUCUGUCAUCUUAGGCUGGAGUGCAAUGGCCAAUUUUCGGGUCAUUGCAGCUUCCGUCUUUUAAGCAUUUCUCGUGUUAUGUCUUCUGAGUAGCUGUGACUGCAGGUUCGCCUCCAGGCCCCGCUAGUUUUUGUAUAUUUAGUAGAGUGGCGAUUUCAUAUUGUUGGUCAGGGUGGAUUCGAGCUCUUUAGCCUCAGGUGAUCCAGUCGCCUCCGCUUCCCAAAGAGCUGGGGUUACAGGCGUGCGCGAUUAAUUUUUUCUUGGUAGGAAUUUAUGUUGAUGCAGUUAACAACUUGGGCCAAACAGCACUUUUUGUUGCGGCAUUAUUGGGCCUUAGGAAAUUAGUUGAUGUUCUGGUGGAUUAUGGAUCAGAUCCAAAUCACCGCUGCUUUGAUGGGAGCACGCCUGUCCAUGCAGCAGCAUUUUCAGGCAAUCAGUGGAUCCUUAGUAAACUGCUGGAUGCAGGAGGUGACCUGCGACUCCACGAUGAGAGGGGUCAAAACCCGAAGACUUGGGCUUUGACAGCAGGAAAGGAGCAUAGCACCCAGAUAGUGGAGUUCAUGCAGCGCUGUGCCUCACACAUGCAGGCCAUCAUCCAGGGCUUCUCUUAUGACCUCCUGAAGAAGAUAGACUCCCCGCAGCGGCUUGUCUACAGCCCACCCUGGUUCGGGGGCCUUGUGCAGGGAAACCCCAAUGGCUCUCCUAACCGACUGUUUAAAGCUGGAGUCAUUUCUGCUCAAAAUAUCUACAGCUUUGGUUUUGGGAAGUUUUAUCUCACAGGGGCAACACAGAUCGCCUAUCUAGGAUCUCUUCUGGUCAUUGGAGAAAAGGAAGUGAUUCAAGCUGAUGAUGAGCCCACCUUCUCUUUCUUCAGUGGUCCCUACAUGGUCAUGACCAACCUGGUGUGGAAUGGGAGCAGGGUCACAGUGAAGGAGCUGAAUCUCCCCACCCACCCACACUGCAGCAAGCUGCGGCUGGCCGACUUGUUAAUUGCUGAGCAGGAACACAGCAGCAAGCUGAGGCACCCCUACCUGCUACAGUUGAUGGCUGUGUGUCUGUCCCAGGACCUGGAGAAAACUCGCCUUGUAUAUGAGCGCAUCACUAUCGGCACAUUGUUCAGUGUCCUUCAUGAACGACGAUCCCAGUUCCCAGUGCUGCACAUGGAGGUGAUUGUGCACCUGCUGCUCCAGAUAUCUGACGCCCUGAGAUACCUGCAUUUCCAGGGGUUUAUCCACCGCUCCCUCAGCUCCUAUGCUGUCCAUAUUGUCUCCCCAGGUGAAGCGAGGCUGACCAACCUGGAGUACAUGUUGGAAAGCAAGGACAGAGGUGAACAGAGGGACCUGACUCGAGUGCCCCUUCCUACCCAGCUGUACAACUGGGCCGCACCAGAAGUGAUCUUACAGAAGGCAGCCACAGUGAAGUCGGACAUCUACAGCUUUUCUAUGAUCAUGCAGGAGAUUUUAACAGAUGACAUACCCUGGAAUGGCUUAGAUGGCUCAGUUAUUAAAGAAGCCAUAGUUUUGGGGAAUUAUUUAGAAGCUGAUGUGAGGCUUCCGAAACCUUAUUAUGAUAUUGUUAAGUCGGGCAUCCACGUCAAUCAGAAAGACCGAACUAUGAACCUUCAAGAUAUCCGGUAUAUUCUGAAGAAUGAUUUAAAGGAUUUUACUGGAACCCAGAGAACUCAACCAACCGAGAGCCCCAGAGUGCAGAGAUACGGACUCCAUCCUGAUGUCAAUGUCUAUCUAGGACUGACUUCAGAACAUACCAGAGAGACCCCUGACAUGGAAAUCAUAGAGCUAAAGGAAAUGGGCAGUCAACCUCAUUCUCCAAGGGUUCACUCUUUAUUCACCGAGGGGACACUAGAUCCUCAGGCCCCAGAUCCAUGUCUGAUGGCCAGGGAGACUCAGAAUCAAGAUGCUCCUUGCCUUGCUCCAUUUAUGGCAGAAGAGGCCAGCAGCCCCAGCACAGGUCAGGCAAGCCUCUGCAGUUUCGAAAUCAAUGAGAUCUACUCAGGCUGCUUGACUUUGGAAGAUUACGUAGAAGAGCCUCCAGGAGCUGCUUCAUCUUUGGAGGCAGACGGACCUAACCAGGUAGAUGAACUGCAAUCCAUGGAAGAUGAGCUGGAUAAGACGGAGAGAGAGGCGUGUUGUUUUUGCAGUGAGGAUGAGAGCUCUUCAAAAGCUGAGACAGAGUACUCUUUUGAGGACUGGGACUGGCAAAAUGGUUCACUCAGUUCACUUAGCGUUCCCAAGUCAACCAGAGAAGCCAAAAGCAAUUUGAACAACAGGUCCAUGACUGAGGAGUAUCUCAUCAGUAAGUGUGUGCUGGAUCUAAAGAUUAUACAGACAAUAAUGCAUGAGAACGAUGAUAGGCUGAGGAAUAUCAAGCAGCUAUUAGAUGAAGUUGAGAUGAAACAGAAGGAGCAGGAAGAGCGCAUGUCUUUAUGGGCCACUUCAAGAGAGUUUACAGAUGUCUACAACUUACCUCCGGCUGUGGGCCCUCCAUCUAUAAACUAUAUUCCUCCUGUCCUACAGCUUUCAGGGGGUCAGCAGCCAGAUACCAGUGGCAAGUGCCCAACCCUACCAAGAUUUCCAAGAAUGCUGCCGACACUUUGUGACCCUGGAAAACAGAACGCAGAUGAACAAUUUCAGGGCACUCAAGGAGUCAAGGACAGUUUGGAAAGAAGCAGGAUCCAAAAUACCAGUAGCCGAGGAAAACCUAGAGAGUCCACUGCCCAAGCCAAAGCCACACAGUUUAAUAGUGCACUCUUCACUCUGUCAAGCCACCUGCAGGGACCUUCUGCAUCACCCAACUCUCACUGGGAUUUUACCAGGAUGAGUGUGGAUCCUGUUUCUUCUGAAAUCUAUAAUGCAGAGUCCAGAAAUAAAGAUGAUGGAGAGGUACACUUAAAAUGGAAAAUGGAGGUGAAAGAAAUGGCAGAGAAAGCAGCUACUGGACAGCUCACAGUACCUCCUUGGCAUCCUCAGAGUAGUUUGACUUUAGAGAGCGAGGCUGAAAAUGAGCCCGACGCCCUGCUGCAGCCUCCCAUUGGGAGCCCUGAAAACACGGAUUGGCAGCGAGUUAUUGAGUAUCAUAGGGAAAAUGAUGCGCCCAGAGGAAAUGCCAAGUUUGACAACACGGACAACAAUGACUGUGACAGUGACCAGCAUGACAAACAGUCCAGGCCUGGAAGCUUCACCAGUAUCAGGCACCCAUCUCCCAGACAAAAGGAGCAACCAGAGUAUAGUGAAGCCUUUCAAGCAAGUUCUGACGCAUUAGUGGCUGUUGAGAAAUCUUACAGUACCUCGAGUCCCAUAGAAGAGGACUUUGAAGGAAUACAAGGUGAGGAAAAGUUCCAGAUGAGAAAAAUUCUUGGAAAGAAUGCUGAGAUUUUGCCCAGGUCUCAAUUUCAACCUAUACGAAGUACUGAAGAUGAACAAGAAGAGACAUCAAAAGAGUCACUAAAGGAACUGAAAGAGAAAGACAUAUCAUUGACAGACAUUCAAGACCUGUCUAGUAUCUCCUAUGAACCAGACAGCUCUUUUAAGGAAGCUUCAUGCAAAACACCCAAAAUAAACCAUGCACCUACCAGUGUCAGCACUCCACUCAGCCCAGGAUCAGUUUCUUCAGCUGCCAGUCAAUAUAAAGACUGCAUUGAAAAUAUCACAUUUCAGGUUAAGACAGAGUCUGCCUCUUGCUGGAACAGUCAAGAAUUUAUUCAGACUUUGUCUGAUGAAUUUAUAAGUGUCCGAGAGAGAGUAAAGAAACUGGAUUCUCUCCUUACUGCCUCUGAAACUUGCCCUUCAAGACUGCCUGGUCUUAAAAGAUUGUCUUCAUUUAUUGGGACUGGAUCCUCCAGCCUUGUUAAGGCAUGUGACUCAUCACCACCCGAUGCCACCCAGAGAAGGAGCCUGCCUAAAGAACUAGUAGAAGCCUUCUCACAGCAUCACAUUGAUGAGCUGCCGCCACCAUCUCAGGAGCUACUUGAUGAAAUUGAGCUCUUGAAACAGCAGCAGGGCUCAUCCACAGUGUUGCAUGAGAACACAGCAAGUGAUGCAGGAGGCACUGCAAAUGAUCAAAGGCACUUAGAAGAACAAGAAACUGACAGUAAAAAAGAAGAUAGUAGUAUGCUUUUGUCCAAUGAAACUGGAGAUCUCGGAGAGGACACAGAGAGAGCUCACUCUACUCUGGAUGAGGACCUGGAAAGAUGGCUGCAGCCACCUGAGGAGACCAUGGAGCUACAAGACCUUCCCAAGGGCUCUGAAAGGGAGACAAAUAUCAAAGAUCAAGAAGUUGGUGAAGACAAGAGAAAAAGGGAAGAUAGCAUCACGCGAGAGAGAAGGAAAUCAGAGAGUGUUUUAGGGACUUCUGAAGAAGAUGAACUAAAACCCUGUUUUUGGAAGCGACUAGGUUGGUCCGAAUCAUCCAGGAUAAUCGUGCUGGAUCAGAGUGACUUGUCAGACUGACUGUAAUUGGAUCGUAGAUGGACUCCUGGCCUGAGUUUUAAGUGUCCUGGUUGUGAGCUACUUUCUUCUCUUUCUGCUUCAGUUGCUAUCAGGGCAGCAGUUCCAGUUUUGUAAGUCUCCCUUUGUUCAGCUGCCACAAUGGACAUCAUCGUUUGGCCCUCUCUGUUAGCAGCACAUUCAACCAUUUGUUUUCAGUCAGAUUUCUGAAAAGUGAGAGGUAGUUUUGAUUGUAAAAAUUUUUGGUUGUGCCUAGAAUGGCUUUGGUUUUGUUGAUGUUAAUUUUCAAAAACUUUAACUCUUGUUAUAUAAUAAAAUGUUUACUUUUAAUA